CGUGGCUUUUAUUGGGCCUCUUGCCAGGGGAGGCUUUAAAAAGGUGGAUGCACAUGCCAGCCUCCACUCUCAGAUCAGGACGUCCCAAGGGCAUCGAAGCGAGAUAAGAUGACUCACCAUUGCACCAAGUUUUCUGGCCAUUGGAAAAUCAUUGUCUACGACGAGGAAUGUUUCCAGGGUCGCCACCAUGAGUUCACCUCGGAGUGCUUCAACGUCAUGGAGUUCGGAUUCGAGACCGUGCGCUCACUGAAAGUAGAAAGUGGAGCUUGGGUGGGCUACGAGCAUGCAUCUUACCAGGGUCACCAGUUUGUGCUGGAACGCGGCGAGUACCCUCAGUGCGAUGCCUUUGGGGGAAGCAAUGCUUACCACAUCGAGAGGAUGACCUCCUUUAGACCCAUCUCCUGCGCUAACCACAGGGAGAGCAGAAUGACCAUCUAUGAAAAAGAAAACUUUCUAGGCCGCAAGGGAGAGCUAAGUGACGAUUAUCCUUCGCUUCAGGCCAUGGGUUGGUGCAACAAUGAAGUGGGUUCAAUGCGUGUUCAGUCCGGAGCGUUUGUGUGCUACCAGUACCCUGGUUACCGUGGAUACCAGUACAUCAUGGAGUGUGACCGCCACCUUGGGGAUUACAAAUACUUCAAGGAGUUUGGCUCCCAUUCCCAAACUCCUCAGAUUCAGUCCAUCCGACGUAUCCAGCAGUAACCCAUUUCUUCCUCCCCCUUUCCCUGCCAAAACUCUCAUGCCCCUUUCUGCCCAAUGCUAAAUAAACUGUCUUUCUUAAACUUUA